AUGGUGCUCCACAGCGCCCCCUACACCAGUGCCUGCCUGCACUUCCUGGACGGGCUGUCGUGGAGCCUGGUGUUCCCCUGCUACUGGCUGCUGGACCGGCUGCUGGCGUCCUGCGUGGCCACCUCUCUGGAGAAGCGGCAGCGUGCUCAGGACCCCUGCUCCUUCCUGUCGCUCUGCGUCCUGAUCGCAGCGCCGCUCUACCUGCUGCUCUUCUUCGCAUCGCUGCCCUUCGCCCUGCUGGGCUUCAUCAUCUGGGCUCCGCUGCAGGCCGUCCGCCAGCCCUACCUGUACACCUACCGCAGACCGGACAAGCACCAGGCCGAGCAGGGCCAAGCCGGGCCGGGCGGCGGCGGUACCGGAGAGUGGAGGCCUCAGGGCCGGAGCUUCUGCUUCUGCAGCGCCAACGUCUGCCUGCUGCCCGACUCUCUGGCCCGUUUCAACAACCUGUCGGACACCCACCGGAGAGCCAGAGAGGUCGGCAAGAGGAUCCGCAACGGGGCCAGUCGGCCUCAGAUCAAGAUCUACAUCGACUCGCCCACAAACACCUCCAUCAGCGCUGCGUCCUUCAGCAGUCUCGCCACUGGUUUCCGUCGAACUUCUUCUUUGGACCAUCGUCCGGACCAAACCCCCACCACCAACGGACCCGCCGACACCGAAACAGAACCGCUCACCGAGUGUCCAAUCCACCCCUCAGGAGCCGCUGACUGCCCCAUCCACCCAUCUGCAGCCGACCAGUGCCCCGCCCACCCCGAUGCAGCGCCCCCUGCAGGCGACUGUCCGCUGCACCAGACUGGAACCACCAGCAGCUCAGAAUGCCCCGCCCACGGUGCCGGGGAGGCUGACUGCCCCGCGCACGCUGACUGCGCCGUGCACGCCCCUGGCCACCAUGACUGUGCCGUGCACGGUGACGCGGCACCGAAGCGGCCCUCUGACUGCCCAUUGCACACCUCGGGGGUCCAGAUCAGCAUCAGCGCCCCGGAGCCGGACCCGGAUGAGGAGGAGACAGGGAACCACCGGGAGGCGGGCGGCGACUCCAUGACGGCGUCCCGGGAGUCGCUCGCCCGUUACCAUGGUGACAGCGGUGUCGGGAUCUCCUCCAACAACACGCUGUCACACGUCCCGCGCACCUCCAUCUUCAAGCGCCCGGGACGGAAACGUCGCCACGGAGACGAGACGUUCGACCACGAGAUCUCCGCCUUUUUUCCCGCCAACCUGGACUUCCUGGCGUUGCAGGAAGUGUUCGACCACGGCGCGACGUCGCGGCUGCGGCGCCAGCUGCACCGCUACUUCCCCUACGUGCUGAGCGACGUCGGCCGCUACGGCUGGAAGGGCUGCUGCUCCAGGUUCAAGUUCCUGAACAGCGGCCUGAUGCUCGCCAGCCGCUACCCGAUCCUGGACGCCCGCUACGAGUGUUACCCCAACGGGAGAGGCGAGGACGCGCUGGCCGCCAAGGGGGCGCUGUUCGCCAAG